AUGAUUAGACUUCUUUUGAAUAAGCUUGAUACUAGUUCUCUUAUGUUGGGUGGGUCUAUGUUGCAUAUGAGGUGUGCUGCACAUAUUUUGAAUUUGAUUGUUCAAGAUGGGUUGUCUCUUAUUGGUGAUGGUAUUGAGAGGAUUCGUGAUAGUGUGAUUUAUUGGACUGGAUCACCAAAAAGAAGGCAAAAAUUUGAAGAAAAUGCACGUCAAUUGCGUGUUCAAUGCACCAAAGAGUUAGUCUUAGAUUGUAAAAGUUGGAAUUCAACUUACUUAAUGCUUUCUACUGCAUUGAUUUAUAAAGAUGUUUUCUCACGUUUGGCUAAACGUGAAAUAUCUUAUACUUGUUUACCAUAUGAUUAUGAUUGGGAGUUAGCCAAAGAUAUUUGUGGGAGGUUGGAGUUGUUUCAUAGUGCGACUGAGUUUUUCUCUGGUCGUAAGUACCCCACAACUAAUAUGUAUUUUAAUGUGGUGUGUGAGUUGAAAAUUGCAUUGAAUGAAUGGAGUGUGUAUUCAAAUGAGAUGAUAAGUACGAUGGCGGAAAGUAUGCUUGCUAAGUUUAAUUCUUAUUGGGCUAAUGUUAGUGUUGUUAUGGCUAUUGCUGCUAUCUUAGAUCCAAGAUAUAAGAUGAAGUUAUUAGAAUUUUAUUAUCCUAAAAUUUAUGGUGAUAAUUCUAAUUUGGAGAUUGAAAAAAUUAAGAAUCUUUGUUAUGAUUUACUUGAUGAGUAUGGAGAUAUAAAUGAGUCCUCUGUAGAUAAUGAAGGAAGUUCCCAUGUUCCUGCUAGUACUUCAAGCCCUGUGGCACAAAUGAAAUUUAGGUUGAGUGGGGCAAUGUCAUCUUUUGAUGAGUUUGUGAAUAAUAGUUCAAGUAGUUCAAAGAAACAUGGGAGUGCUAGAAUGGAAUUUGAUCAUUUCAUUGAUGAAGGAGUGUUAAAGAGGAGUGAAGAUUUUGAUAUUUUGGGAUGGUGGAAAAGUAAUGGUUUAAAGUAUCCUACUUUACAAAGGAUUGCAAGAGAUAUUUUAGCCAUUCCUAUUACAACUGUUGCUUCAGAAUCGGCCUUUAGCACUAGUGGGAGACUUUUAAGUCCACACCGUAGUAGGCUACAUCCCAAGACUAUAGAGGCAAUGAUGUGUGCUCAAAAUUGGUUCUUCAACUAUGUCCGAGAUUGUACCGUUCAAACAAUUCUUGAUGAUGGGGAGCCUAAUGAAGAGGAUGGGAGUUGUGUCACAAUUAUGGAUGAUUAG